UGGCGGUUGCCCGCUCAUGUCAAUUCUUCGCCGUGAACGGAAUGAACGUGUAUCAGCAAUUCGCGGAGGAACACAGGGUUGGAUUGCAUUGGAUCGGCCUUUCUUUGCUUCGAUUUCCACCGCCGGAGCGAGACGGCGACGAAGAAGGAGACGACGAUAGGCGCGACCACCCCCCAAAUGGGUUUUCUCGAGGAAAACUUCCUCGGAGGCGACGAGAAGAAGGCUGCCGAGAUGGGGAGCCAGAACCACCCCGCAGUUCCCUGUCCCAUACCCAACAUCUCCCUCAUCGCUGAUUCCGUCGUACGUCGUUGCUCUAGGAUUCUUAUGCUAUCGGUGGAGCAACUGCACCAAUCUUUUGAGGCUGAGCUACCAGAAAAUUUCAGGUUACCAGCAGAUUAUGCUAGGAACCUUGUGGAGUACUGCUCAUACAAAGCUCUUCGUAGGCAAACUCAGCGCCAGGACUAUUUGGCUGAUAAGGAGUUUUCACUUUUAACAUUUGAUAUGAUGCUUGCUUGGGAAGUACCUGAUAAGGAUACUGAGUCCUUACUAAAAGAAAAAGUUCUCUCAAAUAAUUCAGAAUCUGAUGAUGAUGAUGGAUCAUUAUUUUAUGCAAGUAGAACGAGAAUAGCUAGCCAGAUUAAUAGUAAGAAGACUGUUGGACUAGAAGCUUUUGCCCGAAUUGCUCCUGCUUGUGCUGCUGUUGCAGAUCCAAUGACUGUUCACAAUCUCUUUGAUGCACUUACUAGCUGCUCAGGUGGUCAACUCCAUUUUCUUAUAUAUGACAAGUACCUCAAGAGUCUAUACAAACUACUCCAAUCGACAAAGAGGAAGUCACAUCAGCCUCAGAAAUAUAAGUUCAAUCUUAUUGAUGGGGAAAUCAUAUUAGAUACUGAUGCUAAAUCUGUUGUGCAACAAAAUGGGACUUCCAAAAAGCCUGGACGGCUGACACUCACCAGCCAUGCUCUAUAUUUUGAAGCUUCAGGGGUUGCUUCAUAUGACAAAGCUGUCAUUUAUGACCUGUCCAAGGACUUAAGUCAGGUAGUCAAGUGCGAGUUAACUGGACCAUGGGGUGCUCGCCUCUUUGAUAAGGCCAUUAUGUACAAGUCCGAUUCUGUUGCACAGCCCAUUUUUUUAGAGUUCUCUCGGUUCAGUGACCACUCCUACAGAGACUACUGGUUUGUAGUCAUUCAGGAAGUUCUUAAUGCUCACAAAUUUAUAAGGAAGUAUAAACUCAAAAGGUUUCAAACGGCAGAAGCUCUUGCUAAGGCUAUUUUAGGUAUCUUUAGAUAUCGUGCUGUGAAAAAAGCUUUUCAGUGCACACCCUCACACUUUAAGAGUAUACUUGCUUUUAACUUGGCUGAAAAACUUCCAAAAGGUGACAAGAUUUUGGAAGCCUUGCAUAGUCACUUGGAACUCAUGCAGAUGGAAUUUCAGAACCAUGCUGGGAUCCUGACUAUAUCAGAGGAGAUGCCAUUAGUUGGACCAUUAUCUGAUUCAUUAUAUGCACUUACCAGGAUGGGUUUUCUGUUACUGAAGAAGGGCGAUAAUCCAGAAGAAAAUGACAUUUUGGUUGGUAAUGUCCAUGUUGGUCAGACAUGUCCACUCCAAACUGCUGUUAAAAAAUCAUUUUGUUACUCCUAUAGGGCUGAGGCAGCAGAUGCGACAUUUGAUCAGGUCAAAGUGGUAGACAUUAAUACAAAUUUAGCUGUGAUUCAGGCUAUACUUUUUCCUUUAUCUGAGAUGGGCAAGCUACUCAGGUUUUUGGCUUCAUGGGAGGAACCUUUCAAAUCAAGAGUGUUUUUGUUUUCUAUCUUAUAUCUCCUUUACAGUUUGUGGUCUCCUAGGGGUUGGAUCCGGUAUAUCAUACCGUGCAUUUUCUUCUCCAUCUCGGUUUGCAUGUUCUGGCAUAAGCAUCAUAACAAUGGAAAGCCCGUCAAAGUGUUCCAAGUUUCACCUCCUCCAAGUAGGGGCACAGUUGAGCUGCUGUCGAUGUUGCAAGAUGGUGUUUCUCAACUUCAAACAAAUGUCCAAAUAGGAACAAUUUCUCUUCUCAAACUUAGAGCUCUUUUUUUAGCAAUUCCACAGACAACCACCAAAUUUGCUUCUACCUUGAUGAUCAUGGCAGUAGCAUUCUCCCUGGUACCUUUCAGACACCUGCUGCUACUGGUGCUGCUUGAGGUUUACACAAGAAACAUGCCACUGAGGAAAGCCAGCAGCGAGAAGCUGGUAAGGAGAAUUAAGGAAUGGUGGAAUCGCAUUCCUGCUGCUCCUAUUCAGAUCACAAACCCGCCUGGUAGAGCACGGUAUUUCAACAUUUUAUCGCGAACCAUUCAACCUUAAAAGUUCUCAUGUAAAUGCUCACUUCAGUGGUGCUUUCUUUACUCUGGAGCCUAUACUUUUUGACCUUUUUUCUUUUGUCUGUUAACAUUUUUUUUUAUAAUUGUGUAAAGCUAAGAGAAAUGUCAAUGCCUAUUCUGAGAAAAUGUUUCAAGAACUGAAUGAAAAAUUAGUCCCUUGUUUUUGCCAUU